ACACUCAGCUUCCUUAAACCGCCCAGAGCUGUUUUGCAAGCUGCAAAAGAGAGCUUUCCUCUUUUGGCUUCCGUGUGCUUGGCAGCCAGAGCCAACUGGGUUCCUCUCCGUCAAACUUUUGGUGCUGUGGGGAAGCCUGCCCAAAGGGGACCUUUCCAGCAGCUCCUCAUGACACACCUGCAGUUCAAAGACGCCUUCUGGGUAAGUGCCAACGUCUUGAUUUUCACCUUCAUGGAGAUAAAGAGGCAACACUGGCUGGCUGCGUGGUCUGAAUUGAUCUGGUGCCGCACUGUCACAAUUUUGCCUGCAAGUUUGGUUCAGUACAUUAGGAAGGUUUUCGGGGCACGUUUGCAAACUGGUUACCACAGGAAACUGCGGAAGGGGCCUCUUUAGGACACCUGAAUCCUCACAGUCAAAAGGUAAGGGACUUCUAGCGUCCACUUGUACUAUAGUUAAAAGAAUCACUUAUUUCAAACUUUUAAUUGCUAAAAAAGAGAGAAGGAAAUGAACUCCUAAAUGUUUAAUUUUUAAAAAAUUUUGAACGACUAACUUCUUUCUUGGGGAUGCUGGCAGAACAUGGGUCUAAUGUUCAUUGCUGUCGACAGCUCAUGUUUCUAUUCUUACGUGGUGCUUUUUGUGUUAGAUAUACAACUUUGCUAGUGCCGCUUUUAUUUGGGUGGCGGGGAUGCUCAUGGCACCACACAGAGAGUGUCUUAUGCAAAACCUGAAUGUUAUUAUGCAAAGGUUGCCCCACCCUGGUGCUCAGGUGUCACCCUUGAAUAUCUUGACCUUUCCCAGUUGGUGGGGGUUGUUUCUAAAAAUAAGGGCAUGAAGAGCCCUCCUCCGUCAGACCAAAGGUCCAUCGGAUGCAGCCCCCUGUGAUGUCGUGGUCCAGCCAGAUGCCUUAGGAAACCAGCAAAUGCGUCAUGGAGGAAACAGCCCUCUGCUCCUCUUGCUCGCCAGUACUGACAUUCAGUGAUAUACUGCCUCUGAAUCUGGAGGGUAAAUCCAGCCCAUGGUUCCUCAAGCUUGUAUCCCCAGAUGUUGGACUACAGCUCCUAUUAUCCAUAACCAUUUGGCUAAGCUGGCUGGGGAUGAUGGGAGCUGUAGUCUGAGAACGUCUGGAGACCCAAGUUUGAGGAGCACUGAUCUAUCUAACAUGAUGAAUGGCCUCUUGUUUAUGGCUGUAGGGGGCUUCAGGCUAUGUUUCUACUCCACUUUGCCUAUGGAUUGGCCAUCACACUCUGCUAUCACAGGAGAAGACUUUUGGUUUGUGGGUGUCCCAGAAGCAGGGACAUUUUUCAGAAUUUGCCUUCCAGGCUAUCAUGUCCAGUUAGGAGCUACAGGUCAUGGUGUGUGGACGUACCCUGGCAACUUCCUCACCACAGGGCUGCCCCAAUACAUGUUGUUGUGUCAGAACAGCAAAUGGCAAGGCCCUUGCUGCCCCGAGAGCACAUAGGGUCCCAAGUGUGGUUAUGCCGGGAAAUCUCACAAGAACUUCUUUCUGCAGCCAUGCCUUAAACCUCUUCUCAAACUUUUAUUCUCUAUGGGCCUAACUAUACGUGCUUCUCAUUGCAUCUCUUGCAGCCGCAUCUUCAUUUUCUGUUUUAUUUAGCUACAGAGGCAGCAGUGGGGAAGGUGUGGCUUUUAUCAGGACGGCAGUAUACAGGGAAGGGGGCUUUACCCCUGUCUCUGCUGCGCAGGUGCAACAUUCCAGGGGUCUUGGCACGUAACCAGGGUUUGUGUUCCUAUGGAUUAAGGCACAGUGGAGACGGUAGUGUCUUUUAGAAAAAUGGUUUAUUUACACAUAUUUACACCUGAGUUUAGGUGCAGGGGGUGCAGAGCAUUACACCCCAAGAGUGUCUCUUGUUGCUCCCCUCAUAGAUACAGCCUGCUUGGGCCCAGAGCAGUAAACAGCCAGGCUCCCUGGUCUCUGCAUGCAGCCUUUCCCAGCCAGCCCUGCAUGGAAUUCUCCUCCUGUUCCUCUAAACCCCUUUUAUUCCUACGGUGACAUCAUGCCUCCCAGCAACCUCCCCCCUCCCAGCUUAUAUCAUUGGACACUGAAAUUCUAACCUUGACCUUCGUCUCUGAUCAUCUUCCUCUCAUGGGAGGAGGGUCUCACAAAACCACAAAAGUUAAUUGUUUGUGGACCUCUGGGGAGGAAAGAUGGUGGACUGGUCAUCGACUGCUUAUACAGAGAUGAAAUGUAUUGAUUAAGAAACCAAGGUAUAUCAAAACUCCCUUUUGAGAUAAGGGAGUUCAGGGAUAAACCUCACAUGUCUUCAGAAGGAGACAUUCAUCAUGCCAGAGACAGAAGCUUUCAGGGGUGGAGGAACAUCUCAAGGAAGGAACAUUCACCAAUCCCAUGCACCACACAAUGGCCCUUAAAUUAGGGCGUCAGGUCAGCAAACCUCAUUCUUUUAACUAUUUCUGAGACUAGAAGUGGGAUGCGGGUGGCGCUGUGGUCUAAACCACUGAGCUUCUUGGGCUUGCCGAUCAGAAGGUCAGCGGUUCAAAUCCCCGCGACAGGGUGAGCUCCCGUUGCUCGAUCCCUGCUCCUGACAACCUAGCAGUUCGAAAACACGUCAAAGUGCAAGUAGAUAAAUAGGUACCGCUCCGGCGGGAAGGUAAACGGCAUUUCUGUGUGCUGCUCUGGUUCGCUAGAAGCGGCUUAGACAUGCUGGCCACAUGACCCGGAAGCUGUAUGCCGGCUCCCUCGGCCAGUAAAGAGAGAUGAGCGCUGAAACCCCAGUCGUUUGUGACUGGACCUAACAGUCAGGGGUUCCUUUACCUUUAAGACUAGAAGUAAAUACUAAUUGGAUUUUCUAUCUGUCAGUUAAUUAGCACCAAAGAACAGGUGGGCUGCUGGGGGCUGAAAAAACACUGGUUAACAGGCUAGAAAAUAAACCAAAAGGUUUAAAUUAAUUACUGGCGACUUCGAAAGAAUACAACUAUUCUUUGAGAGAAUAGUUGCCUGAGACCAUCGGGCACGGCACUGACAUCAAACAGGGCAUUUACUGAGCCUGCCCCGCCUUCCUAUGCCCAUCCCCUGAUGCCGCCUGGUUGUUCAGGUUGGCAGAUUCAGAGAUCAUUCGAGCAGACUUGAGCUGGCGCACGAUGCUACAAGAACUUCGUCUGCUACAAGAACCUUUCCCCCCCCUUUCCCCCUGCCCCCUUCCUUUGCCAUUUGUUUUAGUCCUUUGUUUCAUGAUAAUAUUUAAGUUUUUGCUUGCUUACUGUGAGAUGCUUGAUUGUUGUUCUCCUGUUAUUUAGGUGUUUUUUCUUCCUUUAUGUACGUUAUAUGGUAGUUCUGUUUAGCUGUGGAAUGUUUUGGGGAUUAUUUUUUAAUUUUAUUAAUUGGUUUGUCUAAUAUUAUAAUAGUAGGCUGAUAAAGAACAUAAUAGUUUCAUAUAAUCAGAGAGGUAGCUGAGGUUAGCUGGCUUGUUCUACUCGACUAAUUAGAAUUAUCGAGUUGUUGAUACUAUAAGUAGAACAACUAGGCUAGGAAAGAGUAACACAAAUUGCCAACAAUGGAGGCUAGUAUGAGGCUUGGGAUUGCUACCGUGGAGGAGCGAGGGAGGUAUGGUGGGGGGGGGGGCAGAUGUUAUCGGCGAAGGGGACCGAGAUACGGAUAUGCUCAUACCCCUUCCAAUCUGCACCCCAUCCCGAGGGACGAGGGUAGGGUGUCACUGGUGCUGUGCAAUGCCAGGUCUAUAGGCAACAAAACCGCCACCCUGCAAGAUUUCUUUACCUCGCAGGGGGUCGACCUGGCUUGUGUGACGGAGAUCUGGGUGUGCGAAGGGGAAACUGUUACCUUACGAGAGAUGGCGCCCCUGGGUUUCUCUGUCCUCCACCAGUCGCGGACUGUGGGCCGGGGGGGGGAGGGGUGGCAUUAUUAAUCUGGGAAGAUUGUUCUUUCAGGGCUCUACCAUCGCCAUCAAUCCCCGGCAUUGAAUGUGUUGGCUGUCUGGCUGGUGUACCGGCCACCUAGCGCACCAGCAGCCACCCUGUCAGGCCUGCUGGAGGCGGUGGCCGGCUGGGCCUUGGAGUUCCCUAACCUAUUGGUAUUGGGGGACUUCAACAUCCAUGCUGAUGCCACUCCCUCCUCACAAGCUCUGGACCUGGUGUCUUCCAUGACGACACUAGGGCUCUCCCAGUUUGUUUCGGGCCCCACACAUCAAGCAGGCCACAUGCUGGAUUUGAUCUUUGGCGUAGGUAUAGAUGUGAUCAUGUCUCCUUCAAUGAAGGUGCCAUGGUCUGAUCACUACGCUCUGAAAGCCAGGAUUGACUUUCCACCCCCACCCUGCUUAGGUGGCGAGCCGAUUUGGGCUCCCCCGCAGAGGCUGAUGGACCCUGAUAGAUUCCAUCAAGCCUUGCGGGACCUUGCUCCCCUUGGCGACUCAUUGACUGAGCUUGUUGAGGGCUGGAAUACCCAGCUCCUGGCAGCCAUCGAUGAGAUCACACCUAAGCACCCUCUGCGACCCCGCAGAAACCGGGCUCCCUGGUUUACUGAGGAGCUUUGGAAAAUGAAGCGGGACCUCAGAUGGCUAGAGCGAGUAUGGCAGGGUGCCCGCGACGGAGCCUCAAGAACAUCUUAUAGGGUUUUUAUGAAAACCUACGAGAUGGCAGUGAAGGCCGCUAAGAAGUCUUACUUCUCAGCCUCCAUUGCAUCCGCUAUCUCUCCUGGUGCAAUUAUUUAGUAUAAUUAGGUCUAUAACGUCCCUGGAGGGACAGCCAAAUUUAAAUAACAAUUUGACACACAGCUGUGAGGCAUUUGCGAGCUUUUUUGCGAAGAAGGUCCUGUUGCUCCACCGUGACCUCCCUGCCAAUUUGGAUAUAAUAACGAAACUGGAGGCCCCUCGACUGUCCUCGGGUCCAGUAUUGGACCACUUUGACCGGAUAUCCCCAGCCGAUGUGGACAGACUCCUCCGAGCUGGAAAGCCCACCACCUGUCCUCUCGACCCGUGCCCGCCUUGGCUGAUUAGAGCAUGUCCAGACGAGGUGCGGGGCCCCCUGGGGGAUAUCAUCAAUUUGUCCCUUGGCACAGGGAUAUUUCCAGGGGAAUUGAAGGAGGCAGUGGUGCGCCCGCUCUUAAAGAAAGCAUCAUUAGAUCCUUUAGAUCUAUCCAAUUACCGCCCGGUUUUGAAUCUUCCGUUUCUGGGUAAGGUGAUUGAGAGAGCGGUUGCUGAACAGCUUGGUGGGUUUCUGGAUGAAACAUCGGCUCUGGAUCCAUUCCAGUCCGGCUUCUGCGCUGGUCAUGGGACUGAGACGGCUCUGGUUGCCCUAACAGAUGAUCUCCGCAGGCAGCUGGAUCAAGGCGGGUCGGGCUGCUGAUUCUUCUAGACCUGUCAGCAGCCUUCGACAUGGUCGAUCACGAACUCCUGGACCACCGUCUUGCCAACGUGGGGAUCCAGGGCACAGUCCUUCAAUGGCUGCGCUCAUUUCUCUCUGGUCGGGGACAGAGGGUGGCGUUUGGGGGGGAAUUGUCAUCGCGCCACUCCCUGGUGUGUGGAGUGCCUCAGGGUGCGAAACUCUCCCCGAUGCUUUUUAACAUCUUUAUGCGCCCCCUUGCCCAGCUUGUCCGGAGUUUUGGGUUGGGCUGCCAUCAGUAUGCCAAUGACACCCAACUCUAUCUGUUGAUGGAUGGCCAUCCUGACUCGGCCCCAGACACACUGAUCAGAUGUUUGGAAGCUGUGGCUGGAUGGUUACGGGGAAGCCGGUUGAAGUUAAAUCCUUCCAAGACAGAGGUCCUUUGGUUGGGUCGGGACGAUAUGGGAUUGGGGGGGGCAACUCCCAUCUCUUGCGGGGGUGCAAUUAGUGCCAGCACCGUCCGUUAAGAGUUUGGGUGUAAUCUUCGACACCUCCCUUUCCAUGGAGGUGCAGAUUGCAGCUAUAACAAAGGCGGCAUUUUUCCAUCUCCGCCAAGCUAAGCAGUUGGCUCCUUAUCUCUCUCGCCCUGACCUAGCCACUGUGAUCCACGCGACGGUCACCUCCAGACUGGAUUAUUGUAACUCGCUCUACGUGGGGCUGCCCUUGAGACUGACCCAGAAACUCCAGCGGGUGCAGAAUGCUGCAGUGAGACACCUUACGGGGUCUUCGCUGCGAGAUCACAUUCACCCGGUGCUAUACCAGCUGCACUGGCUCCCGGUGGAGUACAGGAUCAGGUUUAAGGUGCUGGUUUUAACCUUUAAAGCCCUAUACGGCCUAGGACCCUCGUACCUACGGGACCGCCUCUCCUGGUAUGCCCCACAGAGGAACUUACAAUCUUCAAACGAAAACAUCUUGGAGGUCCCAGGCCACAGGGAAGUUAGGCUGGCCUCAACCAGAGCCAGGGCUUUUUCGGCUGUGGCUCCGAUCUGGUGGAAUGCUCUGCCACAAGAGAUUAGGGCCCUGCGGGACUUGACAUCUUUCCACAGGGCCUGCAAGACAGCUGUUCCACCAAGCCUUUGGCCAGGGCACAGCCUGACUCCCUCCUUUGGCAAUCUUCACAGAACUCUAGCCCAAUGGUUGCCAUCAAUUUGAUUUGAACUAAUUUUAUUGUUGUUAGCCGCCCUGAGCCUGGCUUCGGCUGGGGAGGGCGGGAUAUAAAUAAAAAUUAAUUUAUUAUUAUUAUUAACUGAUAAGAUAGCUCUGAAUCUGCUUUAAAUUUUCAAUUUAUACAGCCUAUAAAUCUCUGUCUUGUACGUGCUGUGUUGGCUGCGAAAAUGAAACAGAGGUUCUUAAGAGGAAGGAAUGUGCAAGCAGAGACAAGUUCCUGGAAGUGGAACUUCUCCCAAGGGGGAGCUUAGCAGAACCCAAUGUGGCAAAGCCAACACCAGAUGCUUCUCCAAUCGUUGAUAUCCUACAAAGCCUCCCAGAUGAACAGCUGGCAGAGUUAAGAUCCGAGGUGCGCAGAACUUUAAGAGAAGUUAGAUCUGAUCUCUGUCAGACUACAGAAUGCACAGGAGCUGGUGGGAAAGAUGUGGAUUGACUUCUGCCUGAGCAUGGGACGGCAGCAGGAGUUGGAGUGGAUGGGAGGAUGGAAACAGGAGAAAGGAAGGGGUUUAAGAGGCAAUCGGAGAUGGCAGAGAUGAGGCAGAGAGAGAAAGGGCCGAGGGCAGAAACUGAAGCAAACACGGAAGAAAAAGCCUCUAAGCUCUCAGUGAUUGGUUUGGAAAAAGAAUGGAAGAAGGAUUUCUCCUUUUUUCUUUAAAUCAGGAUAAAGCAGGACCAACAGGAAACGGGACUGGAAUAUAAGGAACUGACUAUGGUUUAAUGAAGACACAAGCAAAUAAGUACAGACUAUUACACUAUUAAGAUUUGUUAGAGAACCUGGGGAGAAAUUCAUCAUAUUGGACCACAGAAGGACUAUUUUGGUCACAUAAUAAUAACUGAAGAGCUACUUUUGGACUUUUUGAGUGGAAAACGGCAAAUUUGAGAUGCCUGGGGGACUGGAGACUGAGAAGACAACACCUAGCAGACUGAGAAAAGGCUGGAUAUUAAUGCAGCUAGAUGGUAUCCUAGCAUACUUUGAGUAUUUUGCAUAAUUGUCAUAUACAUAAUCAGCAGCAGAGAGAAUCAGAAGAUCCUCUUUUCUUUUCUUUUGUUUCUCUUCUUAUUUUGUUUUUCUGUUUUCUUUAAUUCUUGUUUUCUCUCAGUUAAGUCUAUCUAUAUCUAUGCUUCGUUUUCUGAAGUUUCCUAUCUUGGAUUGAUGAAGAUGCUUCCAGGAAGGUGACGGAUGAUAGAGAGGAUCUCCCAGGGUGGGAGACUGGGGGAAGAGGGGGAAGCUCCCAGGUGAGAGCUGGGAUGGCUCACUCUUCUGUGUGUGGAAUAAGGGUUACGAUAUAAUUGUAAUAGUGGACCUGGUUUUUAUUUUAUUUUAUUUUAUUUAUUUUUAGUUUUCUUCUUCUCUUCUUUUUCAUUUUCUUCUUUUGCUUAUUCUUGCUUCUGUCUUAUUUAUCUUCUUUAGAUUAGUUUGGCUUUUAUUGUAUUGUAUGCUGAAAACUCUUAAUAGAAUUGAUUUUUAAAAACCAACUAGGCACCUUCCUUUAUAUUACAGGAUGGUUCUUCUCCCCAGGUGAUUCAGACUGCAUUUCUGCACUGCUCAGCUGUCUCACACCUGGGUGAAGAGGUCAAGCAUUCAAUCCCCUACAUUUACUAACUCUAGAACUUAUGGGGGGGAUCUGGCACCCAGGAAUUAUGGGGGAACCUGCCCCCCCCAUUCAUAACAGGGACUUUAGCCAUCAUAACUGCAAUGAAAAUCUGUACUGGCCCGCCUUUCUUGUGAUGCAAAUUUGGCUUUGAAAAAAGCUUCUACCAAAAGCAACAGAAAUCCCCCCCCCCCAACAAAACCUAACUGCUUUACUGUGGUCUUUCUAAAAUGCAGGUGCCUGUAAUUAAAUAAAUAAAAACAUGAUUGCAAUGUGCAAGAGACACCAUGGACAUUCUGUGCACUGUUUCUUACGGUUAGUUGUUUCUGUACCUGCCCAGCCCCACGUCAGGUGACUUACGUAGCAAGUGCAAGCAUUUGGUAAGAAGGAAAUGCCUUUUUUUAAAAAAAAGGCUGCUAAACAGGAAAUCUAACUUUCCACCUUUAUGACGAUCUACUUUCCGUGCUGUAUUCUUUGAACUAGGAAAAUAAUCUUUCCGUUUCCGCUGUGGUGGUCUGACUUCUCUGACAUCCCGCUGGCAGGGGAAGGGCCAUGGUUCAGGGGCAGAGCAUUUAUUUUGUAUACAGAAGGUCCCAGAUUCAUUCCCCGGCAUCUCCAGGUGGCUCCGGGAGAGACCCUGAAACCCUCGAUGACCACUGUCCGUCAGUGGAGACCAUGCUGUGUUAUGCGAACUGGCAGGUCUGUCUUGGUGUAGGUGCCUUUCUGUGUUCCUCUCUUAUGUGGGCCUGUGCUGCUCCCAAGUCCUUCCAAUACCUGCGCUGGCUACGGCUCCUGGAGAUCAGCCAGUGCGGGUCAGGUAUAGGCACAUGGCGGAUAUCCUGUGGAACUCGCUCCCACAGGAGGCAGGGAUGGCCACCAACAUGAAUGGACAUGUUCAUGGCUAUGAAUGGCUACUCAGACAGCAAUGCUUCUGCCUGCCUGUUGCUGGAAGCCACGGGAGGAGAGGGGCUCCUGUGCUUCGGUCCUGCUUGUGGGUUUCCACGGGGGGCAUCUGGCUGACCACAUUGAGAACAGGAUGCUGAACUAGAUGGGCCCCCCUUCUGGGCCUGAUCCAGAAGGCUCUUCUCAUGUUCUUAUGAGUUAAGGCAGGAAUAGGUAAACUCGGCCCUCCAGAUGUUUUGAGACUACAGUUCCCAUCACCCCUGACCACUGGUCCUGUUAGCUAGGGGUGAUGGGAGUUGUAGUCCCAAAACAUCUGGAGGGCCAAUUUGCCUAUGCCUGGGUUAAGGUAAAGGACCGCUGGAUGGUUAAGUCCAGUCAAAGGCAACUAUGAGGUGUGGCGCUCAUCUCGCUUCAGACUGAGGAAGCCAGUGUUUGCCCACAGACAGCUUUCUGGGUCAUGUGACCAGCAGGACUAAACUGCUUCUGGCACAAUGGGACACCGUGAUGAGUGGCAGAACACACGGAAAUGCCAUUUACCUUCCUGCCGCAGUGGUACCUAUUCAUCUACUUGCACUGGUGUGCUUUCAAACUGCUAGGUUGGCAGGAGCUGGGACAGAGCAACAGGAGCUCACCACCAUCAUGGGAAUUUGAACUGCCAACCUUCUGAUCAACAAGCCCAAGUGGCCACAACACCACCCGCUUCCUAUAUGUUCUUAUGACCCUGUGCUAAUUAGCCCAUUAUCUGACUUGUUGCAAUACAGUUUUUCAUCUUCCUGUAUUCUAAAAUCCAGUGUAAUUUCCCUAGUGGGAAAACCUGACAGUGGCUGAGCCCUGUCUUGAAUCUGAUGAUUCAAAGGCAGCCUCAGAAGGGGACGGGCAACGUGGCUGUGACCAUUUGGCACACCAGCGCCAGCAGCACCAGCAGCUGCUCCCUCCAGCAGCCUGUUCCAGAAGGCUCAGAGCCCUCCAGGCUGUCCGUCUCCAGCCGUGUGGCAGAACACUCGAGAGAUGGCGAACACAACUGUAGGUUUGCUUAUUCAGUUAUGGGGGGGGUGUUGAAAAAAGAUGCUCUGAAAGGCAUUUUACACCAUGGUGCAAUCCGUUUUCUUUUUAAAUGUUGGCUGGGAAAUAUCCACUGUGCUACUGUGUUGUCAUUGUAUCUAUAGCACAAAAUCUGGAAACGGCAGCACAAAUCCUACAUAUGUUUAUUCAGAAGCAGGUCCUAUGAAUCCCUGGCGCUUCCUCUCAGGGAAAUCUGCUUAGUACAGGAUGGUGGCUGCUGGAGACACAGCCUUACCUUUGGUGGCCCCCUCUCUAGGGAUCUUUUCCACCAGGAGGCCUGGAAGGUGUCUCCCCCCCCCCAUCCUUUUGGAGACAAGUUAGGAUGUAUUCCAUUUUUUAAAGAAAGCCUUAAAGGAAGAGUUGUAUAUGCCUUAGGCAGCUGUUCCCUUCCCCACCCACACUAGUUGCUGCUGGUCCACUUGAUAUGGUUAGAAUAUAUAUAUAUAGAGAGAGAGACAGUUUUUAAACUUUUUUUUUUUUUCUUUUCUUACAGCCAGCUGCCUUAUGUGUUAAUUUUGUGACUGUGACAUGCUAUCUCUUUAGGCUAAUUGGGUCAUUGCAUGACCUGACUUUUCUCCUGUGCUUCAGCGAAGUUGGAAACCUUUGUCUCUACUUUUAAGAAGGGUAGGCAUGUGUGGCAGGUCAGACUAGGCUAGGGAGACCCAGGUUCAAAUCUCCACUCAUCCACAAGUCAUAGGGCCAAACAAGAAGCGACAUUAAAAGCGAUAGGGCAUUUAACGGGCAUUUUUUAAAAAUGUAUUUUUAUUGAAGAUUUUCUUGGUUUACAAAAGUAUGUGCAUUUAUUUUCAAGUAACAUUUUUACAGAUCAGUUUCAUUUGUUGAGACAUUAGUGCUACAUUAGGAAGAAAAGGGGGAAAGAGGUGGAGGGGGAGAAGAUGGGUGGGGUGGGGUCAGGUGGCGAUGUUUCUAUUUUACUUAAUGUAUGUGUGGGGUUUUGUGUCAACGUCGCUUGUGCAGGUUCUCUGUUAUUCACUUGUGUUCCUUUGGUGGUGAGAGAGGUUGGGGUUGGCCCAGGGUGUGGUUUUCCAUUUGUGAUUGGCUGUGGUGAGCUUUGUCUUCAUGUGUGAGUGGGGUGGGUGGGUGUUUUGGAUCAGGUUAGCCAGAUUGAUUUGUAUGCUGUUGAUGGAUUCUUCUUGUUGUCUUGUUGAGCUGUGUAUGUGAUAAAGGGGAGCCAUACCGGGGUGAAGGCGUCUUCUUCUAUUUGUCCCUGUGUCAGUUUCAGUUUAUUUGUUAAUUUUUUUAGUAAGGCUGUUUCUCAUAUGGCUGGUGUCCAGAAUAGUUGGAUUUUGGGACACUCCCACCACAUGUGGAGGUAUGUGCCUGUGGAGGUGCACCCUCUCCAGCAUUUGGUGAGGUUCCUACGCAUAUUAGCGCUAAUUUUCUUGUUGUUAGGUACCAGCUGUAGGUGAGUUUCAGAGUGAGUUCUUCCGUUUUCGUUGAUAUGGAUUUAAAGGGGGGUUUAGACCAUAUUCUGGUCCACUGAGUGGGGUUAAUCUUAUGGGGUUAAGCCUAUGUCAUCCUCCCAUUGUUUUUUGAUUGCAUCUAGGGGGUUCAUGGUAUUUUGGAGUAGUAUUUUGUAUAUUUUGUAUAUGGCAGAUACCAACCCUUUGCCGUGUUCCUUUGUUGUUAGGAAGAGGUUUUCAAAGGUUGUCAGGGGCCUAGUUGCUGCUGAUUUUACUGGUGGAUUAUUUAAGAGGGCAUGUAAUUGGUGAUGUGUUAACCAGGGCAUUUAGGAGUCUUCUAGUUUGUCCUGUAUUUCUUGUGUUGACAAAGGUUUCUUAUUUUUAUAUAAGUCUAUUAGGCGAUAAAAGUCUUUGGUUUGCCAGGUUUUUAUCUGGAGGUUUUGUGCUGUGUGGUGCAAUAAUGGGUGGUGCGCCAGGAGAAUUAGUGGGGUUGGCGAUAGUUUGUCUAUUUCUGCUUUCCAUGCUUUGAGCGUGGUCUGUGUGUACCUGUUAAGUGUUGUGGGAAUUUUCCUUAGUUUGUUUGGGAGGAGAGGGUAUGCUGUGGUGCAGGUAUUUUCAAUUGUGUCCCUCUCUAGGUGUAUCCAUUGUUUUGUCUCUUUAACGGGCAUUUUUUAAAAAAGGAAAUAGGCACCAUGGGAGGCCCACGCAGGAUUAGGAGUAAGGUGGGCAAAGAUGAAGAGUUUCACCUCUCUCCCUACAGUAAUCCCAAUAAAUCCCUUCCUUGCUGCCUUUUGCAAAUGGAGGAAAUCUCCCGCUGGGGACAGUGGAAACGGUUGAACUCCUUCUCCUUUUCAACCAUACAUCCCAUCCCAUCCCAUGUGUGUUUGUAUCCUGCAGCAGCUGUUUCUGUAUUUUAGACCUGUAAGGUCAUGUAAGAUUGUCUGGGGAAAUUUCCGCCCCUGGAAGUGAUUAUUUUCUUUUGGGUCACCCCAGGAACAGGCGCCUUUGCCCCAAACCCCUUCACCUGCCAGUGGUGGUUCAUGGCGGAUGGUGGCUGUGGAAGCUCAGACCUGGGUCUGCCCCAAGAGACCGUCAAGAUGGUCUCUGGCCUCUUCAGAAGCCUCAGCCUUUGCUGCUAGAGUCAGUCAGGGCCCUGCCCUCCCAGGCCAGGUGGAAAAGGCUGCCAAGCAGGGAGCAGUUCUGCCAGGACUCACACCCAAGAGCAUCCGUAUUCUCUUGCCUGCAUGACACUGCUACCCCCAGGGAGGUGGAUGAAACCUACUGGGACACACAGAGUGCUAUACUUGAUGAAGCGUAGAACAUCAGUUGUGAAUUUGCAUCAUGAUACUGAUUCAUUUUAUUUAAUUCCUCUGUUUCAAGCCAAAAGAAUCCCCUUGGCUGCUUGCAUAAAACAACACAGUGCAACCACGUUUGUAAGGAUGCUUCCAUGCUCUCUUGGCACAUGGCGUAGCUCUGGGGUGCAGGAUGAUCACAUCUUCAGCCCACCCCUUGGAACCACCUCUGCUCAAGCAGCCCCAGCCUCCUGGACCUUUGCUGCCCCCCCAAGCUCUCUGCCUUCCUUGCAUUCUAUCUAUGUAUUUUUUUAUUUCAUGAAAUUUAUAUACUGUUUGAUUGCAGAAAAAACCCUCCAAACGGCUUACGAAAAAGAUGAAUCAAUAAAAUGAUCAGUAAAAAAUUUACAACCAUAAUUUAAAACUACAAUAAGUUAAAACCACAGUAAAAUAGACCAAAACAAAUUAAAUUCAUCUGAAACUUUUAAACUUGCAUUUAACUUGUGGCCUUUCAACCAGCUGGCCUUCAACCGUUUAUGGCUGGAGUUGUGCAAGUUAAACAUGCAUGAGAUGUGAUUUUUCUUGCUCUGUCCUCCUUUCCCCAGGGCGGUGGGUCUUUUCACUGUCUAGAGCACCAAGGGAGCAACCAAGGGCAGCGCCUGGUGAGCUGCUGAGCGAUAGCAACUUGCAUUGGAAAUGACUGUGCAGCGCUAAGAUCCCCCACCUGAUCUAGACUGACUAAUCUCGUUGUUUAUGUGGUGAGAAUGGUUUUAGCUAAUUGGAAUUCAUAAUUUCCAUUUCCUAGUGUAAAGAAUUCACUGUCCAUGCUGGGUACGAUGCACUUCUACAACGACUGCUGGAUGGGAGGAAGAUGUGCAAGGAUGUGGAGGACCUCAUCAAACAAAGGUAACUGAAAAGGGUACUUAAGAAGGAACACUGGCUGCCCUGCCCCUGUUGGGGCCCUGGGCACACCGUGGACCAAGAUGGAGCAGGCUUGCUUUCUGUUGCUCCAGAGGAGACGACCCAAACCAGUAGAUUCAAAUUGUAAGGAAGGAGAUUCCAGCUAAACAUUACGAAGAACUUGCCGGUGGUAACCUUCAUUCAAGGGUGGGACGGACACCCUCAGAGGGUGGUGGACUCUCCUCCACUGCAUUGCAGGGGGUGGACUAGAUGACCCUUGGGAUUUCUUCCAGCUCUGUGGUGGGUAGUAGUGGGACACUCUGUCCCUCCUGCAGCAGCUCACUUGGUUUCUGGGCUGGCUGCAGAGAGACCUCUUCCUUCCUGGCCAGCUCAGAAGCAGAGCAAGUUGCUGCUGGAGGAAGGACAGACUAAGAAGUUCCUCCUCCACCUGCUGUUCCUUGCUGAAUAGGGAGAAAGGGGGGAGAGAGAGAGAGAGAGAGAGAGAGAGAGAGAGAGAGUUGCAAACAAGCAAAGACACUGAGCAGGAGAGAUCUAGUGUGGGGUAGAGAUUAAAAGUGCCAGACCAGGACCUGGGAGGCCAGAGUUCAAAUCCCCACUCAGCCAGUGAGAAAACAUGCAACAGUAAUGGCUAAUGAUCCAGCUCCCAGUUAGGUUGUGGGAUGAAUUCAAGGUGCUAGUCCUGCUGGUGCAAAUCUAUGAGUGCACUACCAUCUCUGGCCGAGGGCCACAGUGAAACCUCCCUCACAGGGAAGGGAAGAAGGGAAAGAAAAUGGGGAAGCAGGGAGCCACAUACGUCGCCUUGCACUCCUCUGAGUGGGGAUGAAAGUUGAUAUCUGUGCUUGCUGAAACAAUGCCAUCCUUCAAAAUGUUCACUUCUUUGAAUUUCCUAGCACAUUUCUUGGCUGAAGUAGUAAGUCCAGGGGCUAAGUGUUGUUAAAGAGGAACGUGCAAACGUGCAUUGUAUUAGGUGAGAGCUGCUUGGCAAAAAUGUGGAUAUUAGGCAAAACUGCAGAGAAAUAUAAGUAUGCAUUAGGAAAAAUUCACGCUAAGAUGCUGAUGAAUUAUGAAAAUUGUGAAUUUUUCCUAAUGCAUAUUUAUAUACUUGGAAGAGAAGAGAAUAAUGGAAGCCUGGUGGAUCAGGCCAGUGGCACAUAUAGAUCCUCAUCCUGUUCUCACAGCGGCUGAGCAGAUGCGCCAAAGUGAAACCCACAACCAGGACUGGAGCCCAAGAGCCCCGUCUCCCCUCCUGCGGUUUCCAGCAUUGCUGCCUCUGACUGUGGAGGCAGAGCAGAGCCAUCCUGGCUAGCAGCCCUUGAUCGCCUUCUCCUCCAUGAACUUGUCCAGUCCUCUCUAAAGCCAUCCCAGCUGGUGGUCCUCCCUGUCUCCUGGGGGAGGGAGUUUCAUAGUGUAACUAUGUGCUGCCUGAAGAAGUCUUUCAGCUGCCCAACAUUCAGCUUCAGGAAAGCAGUGUGGUCUCCCCACCCGGUGCUCCCUUCUGUCCCCCCCACCUUUGUAGGAGCACAGCCCCUGAGAGUAAAAUGGGCUCUCCCAGUGUCCUGCUAAUGAAUCAUUAUACACUCACAAGCGACACAGACCCCUGUCAUCUCUCCAGAGCUAUUUUAAAACAUGUGAGCAAAGUUUUCUUUCUCCUGGUGGAAACAGUGGCUUCGCAUAGGCGCCAGAGUGGUUAACCUGCUGUGGGUGGAGGCAGAGUGAGAAGCACAGGUGGGUUUGAGUGGCUCUGGGCCCCUGGAACUAAUUUGGGGGUGGCUCCCUUGGCUGGUUUAAGGGAUGCCUUCCCCCAUCAUCCUUCUGGUUCCUCCCGACUGGAGCUGUUGGGAGCUGUCAUCUAAAAUAUAUGGGAGGCAUUAGGGGUUUUUUGGGGUGACCUCCAGGACAUGAAGCUGGUCAAAUGAGGCGACACUGUGGGACGGUGAAGGGGUGAGGCCAGCCUCCUUAACCUGGUGACCUCCAUGUUUUGGACCACAGUUCCCAUCAACCCUAGCUAGAAUGGCCAAUGGCCAGGGGUGAUGGGAAUUGUAGUCCACUGUACAACAUCUGGAUGGUGCCGGGUUGGAGAAGGUGAGGGGGGAUGGGUCAUUUUCAGUUUCUCUCAAUUUCUCAUUUUCUCAGUUAAAUUUGAUUCAGAUUCUACAUUAUGUGGCCAUAGACCUGAAAAAGCAUAACAAACAAUCAUACAAGUAAAUUAGGCAAACGACUGUUUAGCUGGCUUGCUCCUCCCCAAGCAGUUACAAUUGUGCAGACACUCUCCUCUGACUGCCAUGACAUGCAAAACAUACGGUGAUUGUUUGGGUUUCCAAGUUCUAAGUCCGGAGGUAAAAAAGAGAGCUGUCACCAGGCAAAGGGGAACAUGGCAAUUUUGUGAUGUGGACACGUGACCUUGCUUUGCAGUCUGCCUUCAGUGCUGUUUGGGUUUUGUAAUUCCUGCUAGCCCUGGGCACAAGAAAAGAAUGAAAGAAAGAAAUGUAUUACGGUCCCAGACCAGAUUCACAAGAAAAGAAUGCCACCAUGAAUUUGCGUAGACAUGUGGGACUUGGCAGUGCAUUGGAUUAGGAAAUGUUGCCAUGCAACCAGCUGUGGCUUUGCAUCUCUGUCCUGCCAUCGCAUCCACGACGAAAAACUAUUUCUUUGAGCAUAUGAACUGAAUUCCUUUGAUGUGGGAGAGAUUGCUGUUUCUUAGGCUUUCUCUGCAAACUGGGAAUAUUAGUGACUUGCUUCUUCAGGGUUGCUGUGAAGAUGACCAAGACAACACAAUGUUGCUUGAGCUAUUAGAAUUGUUUCCAUGGCCUUGGAAGAUUUAUUAUUUUGCACCUCCCUUGUGACAGAUUUUGUUCCUCCAAUAGUUCUAACAAGAAAUUGCAAUUGUCAGAGAAAAGCAACUCAAUCACCAUCUAGCACUAUCAGUGACUGUGAUGUGUCACUUUGCCGUGCAACUGUUGCACAGUGCUCACAUCACAAGGCUCAUGUCCGCUGCAUGUCUUUAAUUCUGCAAAGGGCGAGCCUUUUGCAGCUGUGCAGCGCAAUUGCCCAUGUGGCCUUUUUGGAAAAUCCCACCUACUUCUCCCUCCCAGCAUCAGUUCUUAAUUAUUGCAAGAAUCCCAUUCAGUUUUGUCUUCAUUUAUGGGGUGUGCACCUGCCCCUUUCCAAUACUGGCUUGCACCACCUCCCUUUUCUUACUUUGAUAGGCUUAUUUUUAAUGUACCCAAAUAGUGACCAGUACAAGGCCUGCCAGGGCAAGAGACCCCAAAAUAUAUGGGCGUUGGUACUCUUUGAACUUCAAAUAAUGAAGCUUUUUCUUCUCUUUUUGCAGGGCACAAGCAGAAGAGCGGUACGGGAAGGAGCUGGUUCAAAUUGCUCGGAAGGCAGGAGGCCAAACAGAAAUCAAGUAAGUCCUUUUGAAUGUAACAUGAUAGCAAUGACUGCAAAGUACCGUAUUUUUCGCCCUAUAGGACGCACUUUUCCCCCUCCAAAAAUGAAGGGGAAAUGUGUGUGCAUCCUAUGGGGCGAAUGCAGGCUUUCGCUGAAGCCUGGAGAGUGAGAGGUGUCGGUGCGCACCAACCCCUCUCCCUCUCCACGCUUCAGGAAGCUAUCCGCAAGCCUUGCGCGCCCGGCGGGAACACAAUCAACAGGAAGUGAAACAUGUUCUUAUUCCAAGGCAAAGUUCACAAACCAAAACACCUACUUCCGGGUUUGCAGCGUUCUUAAUCCAAGUUGUUCAUAAAGUAAGCUGUUCUUAAACCAAGGUACCACUGUAACUUGUAAUUACGCUUUGUCACAACAUGUGUUCAUGAAUUCCCAUGUGCAAAAUCAGAAAAGGUAGCCAAGCCUUUUGGAGUGUCACAACUGUGCUGAAGUCCCUAAGAAAUGCAAUCAGAAUGCAAAACCCAGUUCAUGUUAGAAGUUCUGACUCAUGUUAGCAGGAAAAAUAGCUAUGCUUUGAAGAGACUUCCUGUGUUAUGCUUUAUAUAGAAUCAUAGUUGCAGAUGGAGGAGCAAAAAUGUACUCUUGAGCCAGCUAGUGCAUUUCCUGUUUGUUGCAAAGAAAUCCUGGGGAGAAAUCGAUUCAGUUUGCACUCAAAGGUGAAGUUACCAAAUACGAUUUCUGUUCUCAUCCUGAAGCAAAGUUCUUAACCUGAGGUAAUAUUUCUGGGUUAGCGGACUCUGUAACCUGAAGCGUCUGUGACCUGAGGUACCACUGUAUGUACUUUCUGGAAGAAGAGAAGAGCUGAAGCACAGCCAUCCCUGGGAAUUAGCAGACCUCUGAAGUCUGCAGUGCAGUUCUCUAGCCAAGGAGUGUGAAUGAGGAGAAGGACUUUACUUGUACCCGCCCAUCUGACUGGGUUGCCCCAGCCUUUCUGGAUGACUUCCAACAAGUAUAAAAGCAUUAUAAAUGCAUAUACUAGGGUGAAGUGUGUAUAAAAUGCACAUAUUACAGAAAAUGACAUACCAAAAUGCAUACAAAAAAGUGUAUAUUAGGAAAGAAUUGUGCUAAAAUGUUGAUGAUUUUCAGGAUGACUCUUUUUUUUUUUAUUGCAAACUGGUCUGGAAAACUGAGCUUAAAUACAGAAAAAAAGAAAGUGAAAUUGGCAGAUUUGACCAUCCCUGGUUGCACAUCUGAUCCCUGCAAUGUCUGGCUUAAGCAUUAUGCACUUAUCCACGGGAAGCCAUAACUAAGUGUGCCUGUCCUAUUCCCUGUGUUGAGCUUGUGUAAUAUUCCUGCAGAUGAGCAUAGAAGGUGGGCUGCUCUCACAACACAAGCUGAUUUGAAUGCAAUGCUAAGCCAAAACAUAGAAGCAAAGAACUGUAGUGUUGGGAGGGGCAUAAAGGGCCAUCUGCUCCUACCCCCCCCCCAUGCAAUGCCGGAAUCACAGCUAAUUUGGCUUAAUGUGAACAUGCAGAGUGUACAGGUUUCUGGAGAUGAGCUUCUGGCUUUUCCUGCUCCAGAUUCUUCCUUUCCAGAUAUUGGUAGAAUCUGGUGCUUUUAGCAUUUGUUUUUUUUUUUUUUAAGAUAUUUAUUCCGAAUUUAAAAAUACAAAAAAAAGAAAAAACCAUACAAAAUAGAGUAAACAUAUAACAAAAAACAGACAAUAAGAAAAACUCAACGAGAAAUAUAGAAAUACAUUACAAUAAAAUAAAACAAAAAUCAAAUUAAACCUUUAUCUAGCCUUUUUUCCUUUUACUUAUUUCCGUGACCUCCUCUCGCCUCCCUGCUUUUGGUGCUUUUAGCAUUUGGCACCUUUUUUUCCUUUUGCCCUGCAGCAACAGAAAAUAGAGCCAAAUUCAAAAUGCACUCACUUACAGUUGGAAAGGAAGAAUCGAGAGUUGCAGGCGCAUCUUGAGGCAGAGCCACACCUUCAAAGGAAGAAGGAAGACUCACCCGACAGCAUAUGACAUCAGGCGAUUGACAAGUGGGCAUUCUGAAAGGCCUUGAGUUAGCUUUAUUGCCAUUUUUUUCUGGAGACAAGGCAAAACAUUAUAUACCAGGACUUAAUCUUGUUUUUGCUUGUGGCUGAUUGUAUAGAAAUUGUGCAACACAGGAGAUAUUAUACACUGAGUUUCAGGGCUGGUGGAACAGUGUUGGGGCUUUGGCUAUACAGAAAAGGUGACUUAGCAUAUUAGACUGGAUAGGGAAGAUCUAGGAAAUCUUUUACUGUUAGCUGGUACCCUUCCAUGUCAUAUCUAACUCAACAGGAGGGACAGGUUCUUCUUCCAGACUCUCACUGUGAUCUGCCAUAAUUCCUAACCAAUUUUGGCCUUCAGCUUGAUUCUCCGGUGGUUCCCCUUUUAUUCUCCCGCUCACUUAGGAGGGACCUCAUGGCCCCCUCUCUCUGGCGUCUGCUGCCUGAAUCGGCAGGCAAAGCCAGCCCCAGUUUCAGAAAAGCCAGAGUCAGUUCCUGUUAAGAGGAUGGGUCUUUAGAGAGAAGUUGAUUAUAUUUCCCUAGGCAACUGGGAAACAAACAGUCCCCAAAGAGUGAGUGACGCUGUUCAACAUCUUCAGUGUUCACUUCCUGUCUUUCAAAUGGGGAGGUUUCGGUAUCUAUCUUCCCUGCAAUUGCACUCUGCAAAAGUAUGAAGAUUCAGUCUUGCAAGGAGAAAUGGCACGGAGAAUGCAGAAAGGGCGAGGGUAACAGGGCUCACGGAUGUGCUCUAAGACUUCUGCAAUCAGUCUGCGGCCUGGGGCAUCAAGUCUCCUGUAGCUUCUGCUCUGACUCCAAAACAGAUGUCCAGAACGUACAGAUCUUUAUCAUGUUUUUAAAAAGCACCUUCCCCUCCUCUUCACACUUCAUGGUUUGGGUAGCUAUAGUUCCUUUAACAGCUUAGCAUAAUCUCACAUCUAUUUCGUUUGCACACAUCUGCAUUAGCACACUCCUGUUUGUGCUGCAUCACAUGUAGCAAAAGGAGAUUCUUGCAAAACCAUUACAGAUGGAAGAAAUUAGGAAUGUCAUUCAUAAAACAAGUACUGAGAAAGUGCUGGGGACAUUUUCUGCAGAAUGGUAUGAAACUCAUCCAGAUCUUUUGACCUCUCAGCUUCUCUGUGUUUAACAAAAGGGCUUUGGAUUAGGCACUUUGUCUCUUUCAAUGUAUGGUGCUUAUAGUCCUACUAAAUCGAAGCCUGGCCAAGACCACACCAACUGUGUAAAUUAUAGAUAUUGAAAUACAGUGGUACCUCAGGUUACAAACACUUCGGGUUACAAAGUCCGCUAACCCAGAAGUAGUACCUUGGGUUACAAACUUUGCUCCAGGAUGAGAACAGAAAUUGUGCGGCAGCAGGAGGCCACAUUAGCUAAAGCGCGCCUCAAGUUAAGAACGGUUUUGGGUUAAGAAUGGACCUCUGGAAUGAAUUAAGUUCGUAACCCGAGGUACCACUGUACUAACCGUGAUUUUAGCUAGUAGAGCUCAAGCAGUAACGCACAGGGAUCAAGUGGGUUUUAUGUAGCAUAGUCAGGCACUGAUCACCUAACACUGGUAACUGAUCUGGUGGCCUUAAGCAAUAACAGAAUGGAUCCAGCUGCACCUUGUCCAUUUGACAAAGUAUAUUAGGAGGUUAUGUUUAUUACUUUGGAAAAAGGUGGAUUUCCUCAAGAAUUUAUGAAGUUGUCUUGAACUGGAUGGAUGUGGGGAGGAACAAGGUGGGGAGCCCCCAAGGGAGGAAGGCUCAGAGCCUGGGGGUGAGAUGACAAUGAGAGGAAGAAGACUGGGAGGAGGAGGUGUCGGAAGCUGAAAAUGUCACAGGGUUUAAUGAGCAGGGGGAGUCUGGGGCAGAAAGAAGUCCAGACUGAGGCAGAAGCUGAAACAGGAGAGGAGGGAGGCCACAAAGCAGAGAUGAGUCCGGCUGGGGGAAAGGCAUGUGACAAACUCCCCAGAACCAGGAUGUUGAUUUAUUAUUAUUAUUUAUUAGUAGACUUGGAACAUCCAUAUUGGUAUUAAUCAAAAUAUUUAAUCAUGUUGAUAGAAUUUCAGGGUAUACAAUUAAUUUGUCAAAAUUUAAAUUAAUGCCAAUGGGCAUUAAUACACUAAUUGGCCAUUUUGUUGGUGACCAGAUGUUGUAACAUAUCUAGGCAUUUUAGUUCCGAUAGAUAUUUCUCAAAUGAUUAAAAUGAUUUUGGACCAGAUGUUUAAGGAGAUUACUAGUGAUUUGGAAAUAUGUGCACUACUUAAAUUUAAUAGUUGGGAUAAGGUUAAUACACUGCACUACAAUUCCCAGUGACCCCUCCUUAGGGCCUCUCCCCUCAGAAGUGGUGGGAGACUUUCCUACCUUCCUCUUCCUCUCAUCCCCUCUGCCUCCUGGCAACCUUUGCUCAGCAGACAAAGAGCUGCUGGCGCUGCCACUGGUCCAACUUGAAGGCUGGGGCACAGCCAGAGGGGCGGCUGGGCAAGCGAGGAGGCGCUAGGCAGGCAGUGGCGGCGGCAGCCCUCAGCUCCACCUGGAAGUGGUCCAAGGCCCCUUGGUUGGAGAAGCGCUGUCCAGAGGACUUAAGGAGUCUUAAGCAGAAGGUGGAACGAUGCCACAAGAGGGCGGCCAAGAAACAUCGUCAUGGACUCUAUUCUGGGCUACCUGUUUUCGUUUGAAGGAAGCCGGAGAAGCGAGGGAAAAUUAAGAUAUAGGAGUUCAAUGACCAGUAAUUGGCUCGGAUUUCUUUUCAGGCACUAAAAAAGGCAGAUCCAUUAUCACAGUUGCUUUUGUAACAUUCCAGCACACUGAUAUGGAUCAGAAAAUUGCUAUGCGCACACACAAAUCCCAGUAAAAAUGAUAAGAAAUGGAGCUGUUUGGAGAUAACAGUAAGUAAGGUUGGAUUGAUAAGAAAGGCACAUAAAGCUCAAAGGAAUCUUUAGCUCACUGCUCCACUAAGCAUUUAAUUGCUUUCGCCAACUCUUUCUCUUUCUCUCUCUCUAUAAAUGCUAGUGAUUUAUACUGAAUAUAGUUAGCUUUUAGGUUAGGACAGUUAGCAGAUAGGUAGAAAAUUUGUUCCUGGGGUUAUAAGAUAUUCUGAAAUCGAUUUCACACAUCUUUUCUCUGUGAGUUGGUCUACAGUAUCUGUCUGACUUGUGGUUGCUGCGUGUGUAGACAUUAAGAGGCUUGAUCAGGUUGUGGAAUCAUGGAAUUAUAGAGUUGGAAGGGACUCCAAGGGUCAUCUAGUCCAAGCCCUGCAAUGCUGGAAUCUCAGCUAAAGGUCUCACAAAAGAUAUGCCUCUCAAUGGCUAAAGGUAAAGGUAAAGGUAAAGGGACCCCUGACGGAUAAGUCCAGUCAUGGCCGACUCUGGGGUUGCAGCGCUCCUCUCGCUUUAUUGGCCGAGGGAGCCGGUGUACAGCUUCCGGGUCAUGUGGCCAGCAUGACUGGCAAACCAGAGCAGCGCACGGAAAUGCCGUUUACCUUCCCACCAAAGUGGUACCUAUUUAUCUACUUGCACUUUGAGGUGCUUUCGAACUGCUAGGUUGGCAGGAGCAGGGACCGAGCAACGGGAGCUCACCCCGUCGCGGGGAUUCGAACCACCGACUUUCCGAUUGGCAAUCCUUAGGCUCAGUGGUUUAGACCACAGUGCCACCUGUGUCAUGGCUAUUAGCCAUGAAAAGGAUGUUCUACCUCCACUGUUAGAGACAACCGGCCUCUGAAUACCCCAUGGAGGCUGGCCAAAGUCACUCUGCGUCCGGCCAGCCCUCAUCUGCCCGGCCUUACAGAACUUGGCAGGGAGGAGGAGAGGGCAAAACUAGAGUUAGCUGGCUCUGCUUGUCCUAGGCUCUGGCGCCACCUUCUGUUGGGGUCCCAGCUUGCUGCCUACCAGUCCCAGAGGGCACCAGCCACCACUGUGAGCUCCAGUUGCUGGGAAUCGCAAGCAGGGAGAAAGUGAGUCUGUUGCGCUCAGGUUCUUCAUUGUGUUCCAGAGGCUGCUGGGCUGGAUGGGCCUCUGGACUGAUCCUGCAGCCAGGCUCCUCCUGUGUUCCUCAGCUGUGAUUGUUGUGUUGGCAGUCUGGAUGAUGAAGCGAGUGGCUGUGGACUCUUCUGUUUUGUUAUUUCUAUCUGUAAGAAAAAUAACUGCCCUUUUAUCUCUUCCUUCUCAGCACUCUGAAAGCUUCAUUUGAAAUCCUAAAGCAACGUAAGUAUAGUAGGAAGCUCCUCUUGCUGCCCUUUUCCACUUGGAGAGUAAUUUGUGGAAGGGCAGAACAUCCAAGGUUACUCAGGGGAAGAGGCCAGCCAGGCUGCAGAUUAACAGAGCAGGUUUUACACAUCUCCCACCAGUAAGAAGUUUACUUUCACUGCAGAUGGGUGUUUUUAUCCCUUUAAGUGCCGCAUUAGAGUGUGUUAACUGUUUUUAUUGCAGCUCAUAUGCUAAUGAUUGUUAUGAGUUUGUGGGGGGUCAGUCUGGAUGGGGUCCUGGGGGCCCUCCCAAACCUGGGAUCCUGUAUCUGAGAAAGCAGCAGCUUGCCAAACCAGUUCCUUUGUUAAGGUGAUGACUUGGGCUGGUUAAAGUCCACAAUUUAGCAUACCCUAAGAAGUCGUGCUGUAUCUUUCCCCCAGGCCCCUACCUUGGCUGGUAGGUAGAAGAACAAUGGACAUAAUUGUGGGUGGGGACACAGAGAGGCAUGUCUUGCUUUAUGCUGAACCUGUGCUGGACUUUGGGGCUCCCCUGGAACCCUAAUGAGGAAGUAAGAUUUUUCAGGGUGUUAACGCUGCAAGUCCCUCCAUCCUACGCCCAGGUGGUAUAUGUGUUUAAACAAAACCAUAUAGCCUAAAGACACUGCAGUGUCCCUUGACCCUCUUUCUAAGGAAUCUGAACCCUGAAAAAGAGCUUGGAAUCCCAAAAUAAAUGCGGAAAAUUAUUGGCUUGGCAACUGAAAAAGAGACAGAAGGAGAGUACAAUAAUUAAUAUUAUGGCAUCCCUAGAGUCUCUGACCACUUGAAGUGUAACAACACACACUACAAUUCUCUCAGCAGUGAGAAGCUCCGGGGCAAAGCACUUUCCUAGGCUUGGUUAAUGAGCAUUCACCCUGAUUUGUCUGUGGGGAGGUUAGAAAGCGCUGUUGAAGGAAAUAUUAUUUCACCCUUUCCUGUAUUUCCUCAACACUUUUGUUACUGCAAAAAACAGAAUCUGUUUUGGGGAAGUGGGUUUGUUGCGCAAGACCUCUCAAUCCGCACUAAUUGCCCAACCUGAAUUUUCCAAGAUGUGAUAGUGGCAGGUUGAAAGUGCCCCAUCAGGCACUAGUUUUGAAGUGUGUUUGUGCAGCUUGCUUAUUUUACUUUACUCACUGGGAAUAAAGGAUGCUGUCAGUUUGUACGCAAAGACCAGCAAUGCUGAGCAGACACACCAACAGUGAACAUCCUCAUGCUGUAAGGAUACUUUCACUGUGACUGUGAAGGAAAGGUCACCUGCAAAGGUGGGAUUGCUCAGCUCCUGGGUAGAAGAUUCAUCCGGACAAACUCUGCAUUCUGAUUUUCUGCAGAAAUUGAAAGUAUUGGGAACUCUCACAUCCAGCUGGCCAUAGUGAUGAAGGAGGAACUGAAGGGCCUGGAAGAAUUCAGAGAAAGGCAGAAGGAGCAGAGGAAAAAGGUGAGGCAUAAAAUAAUGGUCACCCCAGGAGGAGCGAACAGUUGGGUCCCCAACUAGAUAGCAAAGGCACAGAGCAGCAGCAAAGACAUUUAUGUAUUAUAUUAUUGAUUAUGAAGAUGUUUAUAUCACCAUCAUUAAUAAUGAAAAUGAAUAUUAAUUACUGUAUAAAUCAUAUGAAUGGUGAUGAUAAUGACCAUAACCCAAUUAAAGAAGGUUAGUUGAUUAACUAUAUGCAUUUCAGUUGAUUAAGUCUGCAUCAAGUGGGAAAAGCACAAUAGUUCUAAAGAGAGAGAGAAUUUUUCUUUGUUUUCAGAGGAUGCAUCACAGGCAGACACGGCCUUUAAAGAAGCCUUUCCCGUUCCCUUCUCUCCAGAAUCACUAGUCUCAGAGAGCAGAAACUGGAAUCAACUGUGGAGCAAGAGAGUUAGCAGCAGUCUGUUUGAUGCCCCCAGGCCCAGCUGGGUAGGGUGGUCUUAUUUUUCUCCAAGCAAAAGAGACAGGGACACUUUUCUUGCCCAGCCAGCAUGGCCAGUGGCCAGAGGUGCAACGAGGUUUGAAAGUCCAGGUUCCCUAUUCCUGCCUGGGAUUCAUUCUGAGGACCCAGGAUGAUAGUGGCAGUGCAGAGAGGAAGGUGCUGGAGGCCCUCUCCUGAGUCACCUUACAGAAUCUCAAGUCUGCUUGGGAAAUAGGAAAGGAUCUCUUUCCCCUCUGGCUGCCCUGUUUUCCACUGACGUCUCAAUUAACUUUAAAAUAUAUGUGAGACUUAAGGGACAGGUGCAUAAUUGAAAGGGGCAAAUGCACUAGAAAUCUCAUUUGUUCCUCUUGCUCAUCUAUUUUAUACACACCUGUGUAUUAUUUAAAAGGCUAAAUCAGCCCAGGCAAUGUAGAAAUAUACUUUUUAAACAAAACAAGAACCCUGCAGGGCCUAAUGCACCUAAAAUUGUUGCAGCUCAAUCGCAGUGAAAUCAGUUUGUCUCUUGUGCUUUCAGUCAGACUGAGAGCCAAACUUCACAUGACAGGCACUGCUGUGAUUCUUGGAAGGGCAGAUCCACCCCAUACAUUUGAAGACGUUCAGCGUUUACAUUUAAAGCAUGUGACUUCACCCAAAGAAUCCUGGUAACUGUAGUUUAAGGAUGCUGGGAAUUGUAGCUCUUUCUUCCAAAUGAAAAAGCUGAAGGAGGCUGUAAUCAGAAGUAGAGAAAACAGGCAGAACAACUUGGUCUUCCCCCUUCCUGUUUCCCUUUGGUUGCUUACAUUCCUCUCUAAGCUGCUUUUCUCAUUCAGAAGGAAGAGAUCUGGGGGGGAAAUUUGGGGGGAACUACAGGGAGGGAAAUGGUUAAACAAUCCCCUCUCCCAACACUCCGUGCCUUCCAAUUCCAGUUUUCCUUGGCUAUUUUUCAUUUUAAAAGAAAACUUUAGGGAGAAGAAAGAAAGAAAGAAAGAAAGAAAGAAAGAAAGAAAGAGAAAGAAAGAAAGAAACUGUCCAUCGUGUGCACUUUGACCUUCCAUGAAGCCUAACUUGCAUCAGAUAUUGAGGGGCUUCUUUUCAAAGACGUGCUGCCAUUUCUCCAGUUUGUGAAUUCUGACCCAGGUCCCUCCAGGCUGCAGAUCAGAGUACGAAGGGACUUAACUUUGCCCAAUAACUUAGGGACAGCAUCCCUGUACAUGGUUCUCUGAUGUUUGAGAGACAUUAAUAUAUUGGAUGUGAUUGACAGACAGGCUGUAUCCUAACUCUCCGCUUUUCCUGAAUGGAGGUGAUAAAUGCCGCUGGGUUUAACUGUGGAGAAGGGCUUUCUGAGGAUGUUGCCCUAUUGGCUCCUCUGACAAAUAGACAGCCAGAGCAAAAGGAGAAGCGCUGUGUCAGUCAGAUCCCCAAAGGGAGGCAAGACGCCUUCAAGGCUUCCUCCCAAAUGUUUACUUUUAUGCUUUGGUUUUUUACUUGUUUGGUGGUGGGUCGGGCGCUGCCUGCUUUUUUUGCCUGUGUUCUGUUUUGAGGUGUGCACAGGGGUUUUGUCUGCUUGAGGUGAUGUUCCAAGGUUCACCAGUUGUCUGGAAUUGUGUGAAUGCAGCAAGAUUGCAUCUGAUGUGUCUUUAACUUGCACUAUUUCAGCUCUGCACGGUUGAAGGCAGGCUUGUUGAAAUCACACAAGUUUAAUCCAAGCAAGGCAGAGAGCUUAAAAUUGGGUUGCCCAGUUUCAAAAAGGGAAAAUCCAAAGGUUUUUUUUAUGGGAGGGGGCAGACAAAGUUGUUAAGCUAUUUUUAAGGAAAUUUGUCAAAAUAUAGACCUCCAACAUGGGUUGCAUACAUCUGGAUUUUCCCGGACAUUUCAGCAAUUUCUGCCCCGAAUCCCAGUUCUAUCCAGGAAAUUCCAGAUGUAGGGCAGCCCCAGCUUAAAAGCUCUUUUGCUGGGGGACAAGAGUUGUAAAUCUUCUGUGUUUCCUGCAGUAUGAAAGUACAAUGGAGCGAGUGCACAAGAACAAGCUCUCAAUGUACAAGAAGACCAUGGAGGUAAGAAAUGAGCUUAAAGAGCACACGUAUUUCACCACAGCCUAAAUAAUUGCUUUAAUCAGGCUGAGGAUGGGGCCCCUUAUCAUGGAGCUCACCUAGGCAUGAGUGACUGAAGUCCCUUCUUGCCGGUGGGUCUCCUCUGAGGGAGAGAGUUGCCCUCCAAACAUGGGAUUAUGGGAUUCCCAGAGGCACUUGGUUGGCCACCAUGGGAAAGGUCCUUGACAGUGGCAGACUUUAAAAUUCCAGUGGUGCCCUGAGUGAGCCCAAAAUUUGGCAACCCUGCCUCCCUCCUUCCAUUCUGCUCAUUGCACCGCAUUAUAGCUGCGGUGUCCUGUUGAUGCCCCGUGCAGAGACACCGGCCACCCUGUCCAGAAUCCACCUUUGACCUUGGUAUGAUCCAUUGAGGUGCGUAGAUUUUUAGGAUGCUACUCAGAGUAGACCCAUUGAAGUUAAUAGACAGGACUAACUUAGGUUCUUCUCUGAGUAGCACUUGGGCCACAUUCACCCUAUGCAUUCAAAGCACUAUUAUACCCCUUUAAAGAGGUCUAGCUCCUUGCAAAGAAUUCUGGGAGCUGUAGUUCGUUCAGUGUGCUGAAGAGGGAUUGACUGUUAGACUGCACUGUGAAUGAUAGCUCUGUGAGGGCACUAGGGGACUCCCUACAACUCUUAGCUCUCUUAACAAACUACACUUCUCAUAAUCCUUUCGGGGGAAGCUGGGGGCACAGGAAGGGGUGUGUGGCGGGGGCGGACCCCCCGGGUGUUUUCAUUGAGGGGGUGACAUUUGGCAGUCAUGGGCAGGCGGUGCACCAAAUGUCUGCCAUUGGCGACUCGCUCCGCCCCCGGCCGCUGGGCGCACCCCAGUGGCUACCCCGCGCCUGGGAGGGCACCCUUUGCGCCCCACCCCCCUCAGGAGUGCACCCGCCCUGGGCAGCGCGGGCAUAUGCUCCGCCGCUGGGGAAGCCAUGACUCUAAAGCAGUAUCACAGUGAAUCCUACAUUUGUAGGGAUUCCCAAGGGUCAUCUAGUCCAACCCCCGCAAUGCAGGCUUUAAAUGCAAUGCAUUUUAAUGUCCCUAGGAAUUAAUGAGCCCAAGUUCGUCAGUGAGUCCAUUCCGAGUAGGACUAGCCUAGGACACUAUCCUAAGAAGGGCCUUCAGCUUCUGGGGAUUCUCUGCUGUCGUGCCGCCAGCUCCCUCCCUCCCUCCCUCCCUCUCCUCCAGUCUCAUUUAAAGGUAAAGGUAAAGGUACCCCUGCGCGUACGGGCCAGUCGUGUCCGACUCUAGGGUUGUGCGCUCAUCUCACUUAAGAGGCCGGGAGCCAGCGCUAUCCGAGGACACUUCCGGGUCACGUGGCCAGUGUGACGAAGCUGCUCUGGCGAGCCAGCACCAGCGCAGCACACGGAAACGCCGUUUACCUUCCCGCUAGAAAGCGGUCCCUGUUUAUCUACUUGCACUUGGGGGUGCUUUCGAACUGCUAGGUGGGCAGGAGCUGGGACCGAACGACGGGAGCUCACCCCGCCACAGGGAUUCAAACCGCCGACCAUGCGAUCGGCAAGUCCUAGGCGCUGAGGUUUUACCCACAGCGCCACCCGUGUCCCACCCAAUCUCAUUUACUUAUUUUUUAUUCAUUUUAUUUAUUAAAUUUAUACUGCCCUAUACCCAUUGAUCUCAAGGUGGUUCACAACACAUCAACGGUAUUUAUAUCUUUGCCUGCAGUCAAAGAAGUCUUAUGAGCAGAAGUGCAAAGACACCGAUGAGGCUGAACAGACCUUGGAGAGGAUAAGUGCCGUGGGCAACCCAAAGCAAACAGAAAAGGUAUCCUAGAAUCUCAGUGGUCUUUCAAGGGAGCAGCUGGGCGUUGGGCCUCCAGCAAACGCCUGCUUUUCGCUGUGGUGGUCUCCCUGGUUCCCUGGUUCCUGGGUUGUACACAGUGGGAAAACUAGGGUGUCAUUUCUCCCUUAGCUAGAGGUGGAGGAGAAAUUUGGGUUGGCCUGUAUUUUAAUGCAAACUGAAACACAGCUAUCCUUCAAAAUUCACAGUUCCCAAGGAUUGCUUUGUUAGAAACUUGUGUGCGUGGUCAACAGGAAAAUGACCCAUUUGUAUUUAUCUGGUACCCUUUUAUUGAAUUCGCUAACACAAAAAGAAUAAUAAGUGUGUUCCUGUUCAGUGCAGAUUGGGUUGGCUAUUUUAGUCAGUUGGCUUGUAUGCUAAAGAUGGUAUAUUUAUUCCUUGUAUGGGCUGGCUUUUGAUGGUGUUGUAUAUUGUGCUAAUGGGAAGAAUUUUGGUAACUACUGAGGGUGGCUGGGUGGGGUUUGGAGGUGAUUUGAGCUGUAACUCUGAUAUAUGUACUCUGUAUAUGUUGUAUAUUGUUAUAGAUUUGGGGGGAAGCCUCCAAACCCUAGAAAUUAAUAAAUGGCAGGAUUUGGAUUAUUUGGGAUGUGAAGGGAGAAAUGCCAGCUGCAGAGGAAUUCCUGGGCCAGCCUUGGCCAAACGGGCAGGAAUGGCCAGCCACCUCGAUGGCGGAGUCAGUGGCUGGGAGCCAGGGGGCUCUGCUCUGGCUCCACAGUUGGAGGCAGCGAUGCUUCUGAAUACUAGUUUCUGGAAACCGCAGGUGGAGAGCGGAUUGCUCUUGUGCUUGAGUCCUGCUUGUGGGUUUUCCGUCUAGGUAUUUGGUUGGACAUUCUGAGAACAGGACUAGAGAGGCCAUUUUGGCUCUUCUUGUGUUGGCAAGGGUAUCCAGUAUUUACAAUCAUUAGCAUCCCUUCUCUUUCUUCUGCAGAGCCAUGAGUCUUCUCUUUUUAUAUUUCAGAGUCAGACCAAAGCAAGGCAGUGCAAAGAGGCAGCAAAUGAAGCAGGUACUGUCCAGAAAACCUACAGUAGGUCACAUGUGCCCCACACUGCUGGGACAGGCACAGGUCCUGGCAACCCAGCCAUCCUGGAGGGUCUUCCUGUUCUUUUAAGUCCUGGGUAUUUUGUCCUGGAGGAUUCCUAAUCAUGGGAUGGGGCUACACAAAGAGAGACUUGUACCUCAUUGGUGAACACCUCUCAUUUGUUUUUCUGCUGCUGCAGAAAGAGUGUACAAGCAGAACAUAGAAUUGCUGGAUCAGGCCCGGACUGCCUGGGAGCAGGAGCAUAUCAGCACUUGCGAGGUAAGAGGUUUGCAUUUGGAAAACACUUUGUAUCCACGGCUCAAUAUGAGCCGCAGCUUUCGUGGUCCACUGACGCCUAUGCAUUCUCCGUGUUGACAUGUGGGACUUCUGCAUGCCAUGUUGGAAUGGGGUCAGGUCCAGGUUUUGCAAAGCCCUUCCGUGAGUCUGCACCACCUUGCUGCAGCAGGUCCUGGGGGCCCCUAGCCGUGGCUCCCCUCCUGAGUGUGGCCCCUUGCCAAAUGCCCAAGCUGCCACCUUUGGACGGCGGCCCUGACGCAGAACACCAUGGAGCCAACGGAACCCCCUUUGUCCUUCAUGGAUACAGGCCUUCCAGCUCCAGGAAUGCGACCGAAUCACCAUUCUCCGGAAUUCCCUGUGGGUCCAUUGCAACCAGCUCUCCAUGCAGUGCGUGAAGGACGAUGAGGUAAGGGAAAUGCACGCCAGCGGUGGUGUAGUGGUUAGAAUGUCAGCCUAGGACCUGGGAGGCCAGGGUUGGAAUCCUGCCCCCCUUUGCCAUGAAGCUCUCCCCUGGAAGCUCUCCACUUGGGCCAGCUCCCAGCUUGACCUACCUUACUGGGUUGUUGCUGAGAGGAUCCAGUGGUGGGGGAGGAGGGCUAUCUACCACCACCUUGAGCUCCUUGGAGGGAAGAAGGUGGGAUAGAAAGGAAAUAAAUAAAAGGCUAAAGUGGAAGGGAAUCCCAGAAACUCAGAAGAGAUCCAAGGGAUUCCUAGUAACCAUUAAACAACAAAAUGGUCCAGAGCAUUGAGGAAGAGCGCAACACUUUCAACUGCAACUUAACUCCUAAAAAACAUGUUUUUGUUCUAUUUAUUUAUGAAGCAUCUGAAGGUGCUCAGUAGCCUCAUCAGAAUUAAGGCUGCAACAGGCUCUGCCCACAGUCUUAGAAUCUUAGCCUCAGAAAAACCCAUUUUCAAGGAAGGAACUAAGAUGACUGGUGUCAAAAGAAGCAAAAGUUUUUGGUUCAUAAAAUGUGCUGAUCCCGAGCCAAGCCACGUCUUCCCUUUCUCUCUCUCCCAGCUGUAUGAAGAGGUCCGCGUGAGCCUGGAGAACUGCAACAUAGACUCGGAUAUGAAUCACUUCGUUCAGAAUAAGAUGACUGGGAUGGAGCCACCAGGUAACCCAGCUGAGGAAACUUUUUUAUUUAGCGGUUUUGGUUGUCUGAUUGUCACCUCUGAACUCCAGAAAGGGGGGGUGGGAAUAAGGGCAACUGGAAGGCCCUUCGCAGGCAGCUAGUCCAGCCCCCGGCUGCUGCUGCUGCUGCUGCUGCUGCUGCUGCUGCUGCUGCAGGAGACUUGCUGCAGCAGCAUUGCGUGUAGGUGGUGACCAUCCAGCCUCUGCUUAUAAGCAGCAUUCAAGAUUCACCAGGCGCUCGUUGCACCCGGCUCUCAUCCCCUUGCGACCAAAGGAAGAUGCCUGGGGGCUAGAAUGGCUCCUGUCGCCUCCACCAUCUGGAGGGGCCUCCCCGGGGUCCUUGGAUCUAGACUGCUUUCACACACCAGUACCACAACCUGUAAAAUUAUAUCCAUUAUAUUUUAUCCACACGAUCGGAAUGAAUUUCAGAAACCAAAAAGUUGUAUUCUGGGGGGUGGGGAUGGCAACUAGGCAUUCCGUUUUGGCAACUGUAACCUUGGUUUAAGGAGCCAUUUGACACCAAGCUUAUAGAUCCGAAUUUCUAACACUGCUUAUGAGCUUCUAAGAAAGGAGAGUCCACCAUCUUUCCUAAGCAGCCUGUUCCACUCUUGAAUGGCCCACACUGCCAGGAAGUUCACAUACUUAGCUGAAAUCCCUUUUUGUGGAAUUUGAAUGUGUUUUGUUUGGAUUCCGCAUUCUGCUGCAGCAGGAAUGGGGAACUUCCUAUCUGGCCCUUGGGGCUUUUCCGAGCCCCCCCCCCCGACCCCCCUUGUGCCCUCUUCAAAGGGGAAUGUCCGGAAGAUCCUUUGCUUCCCAUUCCACUCCCAAGCCAUCACCAGUAGCAUUCCCCUGCCAGACCAUUAGAAACGUGCAAUUCUUAAAAUAUUGUGAAAGGUUUUAAAUGUGCGCUUCAGAGGAGAGAAUGACCAUGCGGUAGUGGGGGGGGGGGGAAUGGUACAACGAUGCUGAGCUGGUUUCUCCCAUGCCUUCCACCCCUUCUCCAAUGCAGCUGCCAUUGGCUACGAAAACUACUACGACCGAGUCCUGACGACUAAAACCUGCAGCAGCCCCAUCCCGACAUGUGGGAUGAUGAAGAGGUAACAGAGGCCAUUGGGCAACUUGAAUGUGGGGGACUCUCCCAAGAGACUUUGGGGAAGCUUUCUCUGCACAGGUGUAGAGCCAUGUGGUUUUGGGGGGGGGUUGUCUUGGGGAAUAUGCAGUCACCAGGCUCCCCUCUGUGAGUUAGGACAUCUCUGCUAUCUUUAAAAAAUAAAAUAAAAUUGAAUAACAAAAUAAUCGACACACAGAGCUUUUGUUAAAGUCAAAAGAAAAAUAAAAAGUCAGGAGGGAAUAAAACAGAUAUGAUUAUUAUAUUAUUAAAAUUGGGUAUGAAAACAGCAAUUUAAGAGAUAGAGAAGCUGCCAAAUAAAAUCAUAUUUCUUUUGUAAAUCACCUUGAGGUCCUUCUGCGAUCAAAGAGUCUAUAAAUUUUAUUAAAUAAAUAAGAAAAGGAAGGAGUUGGGAAGGAGUUUGCCACCCACGCGACUGCGUUGCCAUAUAUGUAAUAAAUAACCUCAAAACAGAAGUGAGACCAGAGGGAUCAGCACCCGCCCCCCCCGGCUGCAGGGAAAGUUGCAGCUCAGUUUCUCUGAAAUGCCAAUGAACACAACUCUCUUGAACCAGCGAUCUCGGGUGUCGCAUGAACUGUCUCUCCAGGCCUGAGCGAUGACACUGUGCCAUCUUGAUGGCUGGCCAUGGGCUUUCCUUCCGACUCUGGGCCCAAUCCACCCAGCAGGAAAGGGCAAGGGGACUGACUUUUGCCACUGCUUGCACACUUGGGGAGGUCAGGUGUCCAGGCAGCAAGGGGGAGGCGGGGGCAAGAGUUAGCCUGUGGGAUUCAUUGCCCCUUCAAGCACUGCAUUCUGGCUUCGAGAAGCGUUGAUGUAUUUCAUGGAGGAUGGGGCUGCCCAUUGAUACUAACCAGGACGGCAACAUGGAGCCACCAUGUUCAGGGGCAGUCUACCCCUGCACAGCAGUUGCAGCAGGAGAGGCCUGUUGCCCUUUUGUCCUGCUUCCCAGAGGCACCUGGUGAAGCAGGCAGGCCUUGGGUCUGAUCUAGCAGGGCGCCUCUCAAGUUCCUAAGAGGGGGGCAUGGCCAGGAGGCUAUGGAAGUCCUCUGUGGGGGCCCUGAUGGGGUCUGGGCGCUGGCAGGGGCCCACUGAGGGUGACCCUCAACGCUGGCCAUGAGCGCAGGAGCCAUGAUAAAUAAGAAAGGAGGGGGCUGACUGCCUCUUGCCCUGAAGCUCAUCCUGGGUUCUUAUGGCUCCACAGAUUCUCUGGAUUGCUCCACGGAAACAAUCGAAACACCUCCGACAGUAUUGUUCCCACAGCUCCACCAGCUGGUAUGUUUGUUCAACUGAUGUUCUUUUUAGGAAGCGAGCCCACAUUUUAAAAGGGCCAUUGGCACCUUCUCAGGAUUAAACACAAAUCCACCCCCUUCACUCUUUUGGGCAUUGCUGUGUUAAUCUGUUUAAAGGGACUCAAGGCUUGCAACAGAUGGGUGUUUUUUCCCAUUCCCCCAAGAGCACUUGAUGGAGAAAGAGGGCCCAGCAGGGGAAGGGAGGGGCUGCUGUUCGCCUCCGUCAGGCUCUGCUUGCCUCUGUGUAAGAUGGGGGGGGGGCAGGGGAGAGGGAGAGGAACAGUGGCGCCAGGCGAUCUGUUUUUGCCCGAGCAAUCAAGGCCAUCAGCAAAAGCACCUCACAGAGCUCUGCGCAGGCCCCCAUCAUCAGCUGGUGGCUGGGGCUUGGGCGCUUUGUGCACAGAGCUAUGCAGUCCCUGGAAACCAGCUGAUUAUUGCCCCUGACAAAACCUGGUGCCCCUUUGCAGCUGGGCCUGCAAAGGCCCUUGGGUCCCCCUGGUGGGACGGUGGGCAUGGCUUGGCCAAAGCAUGCUUGUGGGCCACAUGGGGAGGCCUGGUGCACAGGGUGCAGCUAUUGCAGCAAUGCUGUCAGGACUCUGUCUUGCAAAGGAAGUGAAACCUCAGGUCAUACCAGCCCUGGAAGAAGCAGGAGCAGGUAGAAGGAGCCCGGAGAAACAAAGAUUACCUGAGUUUGGCACAGAAGAGGCGUUGUGCAAAGCUGCCUGCCUGCCUCCUCCUGCUGCUCAGUGCAGUGUGAUGAUGACGACGAUGAUAAACUGUGUAUUUAGUUAGUUCAUAAGAUUCAUACACCACUUGAAUGUAAAAGAAACCCCUCAAAGUUAACAUGCAUAUUACCUCAACUUUCUAAGCAUGUGUGGGCUUGUCUAAGCAAGAAUAUUUUUAUCAGGUGCCAAAAUGAAUGAGUCCAGUGAAGGCGCCUGCUUGAUUUCAAUGGGCAGGGAGUGCCAAAGAUGAGGUGCUGCCACACUUAGGGCCUUCCCUUCCCCAUUCCUGCCGCUCAGGCAUCCUUGAAGCCCUCCAUGCUCUGAGACCAAAGAGCACCUCCCCAAUACCAGCUGGUGCAAAUAUUGAUGGAAUGCCCUCCCUGCGGAUGUGCGUCUCUCUCACCCAUGUCUGGAGGAAUUUUAAAACACUUCUGUUCACACAGACUUUUGAUGGCUGAAAUACAGUUAUUGGCGACUGUGAAAAAAGUAGCUGUGAGAUGCAAUUGCUUUUGUUUUACACUUUUUGUAUAGUGUUUGUUGCCUUUUGGGAGGAUAGAAAUCAAUGAUCUCUAAUAGUUAUCCACCCCAGAGAAUUAAUCUGAUUUGGUGUUGCUAGUUUGUUCUGUAUAAUUUUAUGAUAUUUUAAUGAUUUUAUUGUACACUGCCAUGGUAGUCUUUUAAUGAGCUGGUGGUUAAUAAAUACUCAUAAUAAACAAUAAAAUCCCUUUUAAAAAAUGAUCCCAUUCUUUGAGGUUUCAAAACAGCACCGGUACUUGAAAACAAUUGCUGAGGCCAAAAUAUUUUCUUUGUGCUAUGAAUGCAUCAUGGAAUUACUGUAAUGUGGUUACUAAGGCUAAAUCUAGAUAGACGGGUUCAGUUGCACCUGCUGAGCUGCCACCUUCGAAUGCCUCAGCGCAUUCCUGGGCGUUGCCUGUAGAGAGAACAGAUUCUCUCCCUUUCUGAGCACUUGCACAGGAUCCUCCAGCUCUCCAAGCAGUUAACCCCUUUGUUCCCACAGCUGAGAAAGCAGAUGGUGUUUAUGCAGCAAUUCACGUAGCCCAAGAAGAAGAGUUUUCUACAUCUGAGGACUACAGAGUCCUCUAUGAUUACACAGCCCAGGUAAGCAUCAAAUCCCCCCAGGUGCAUAGAGCAGGGGUCAGCAAACUUACUGCACCUCGGGACAGUGUCUCCAGCGCCGAUCGCGCUGAGGGCUGGGGGGCGGGGGAGCACGUGCCCAUAUGUGUGGGCACACGCUAUUUCCAGCGCACUUCCGGGUUGGAGGAGCACCGAAAAUAGCUUGUGCGCAUGCACAAGCAUUAUUUCCGGUGCUCCUCCAACCCAGAAGUGGGCCGGAUAAAUGAGUCCCUCGGGCCUUAUCCUUCCCUUAGUUUGGGGACCCCUGGCAUAGAAUCUGCUUAAACAAAAUCAAUAUCAAUCUGAACACAAACUCCAGGAGGUAAAUGUGGUUUUAUUUUUAUUGGCUGAUUGAUUGAAUGAAUUGCCUUUAAGUGGAGGCCAUGCACAGCUGACGUGCUCCCUCGCAGGCCGCUUUCGUGAUCCCAAAAACAAGGAUGAAAAUCCUUAAACACAAAGCCACAAAGCAGUUCCAGUUAAACUAUCCCAAGAAAUGGGAGCUGCAGAGAGAGCUCUUCCUCUGAUCUCUCUGCAUGCAGUAGUAGUAGUAGUAGUAAUUUUAUUAUUUAUACCCUGCUUAUCUGGCUGGGUUUCCACAGCCACUCUGGGCAGCUUACAGCACAUAAAAAAUUGUAAAACAUUAGACAUUAACAAUUUCCUGAUACAGGGUUGCCUUUAGAUGCCUUCUAAAAGUCAGAUAGCUGUUUAUCUCCUUGAUAUCUAACGGGAGGGCGUUCCACAGGGUGGGCGCCACUACCGAGAAGGCCCUCUGCCUGGUUCCCUGUAGCUUUGCUUCUCGCAAUGAGGGAACCGCCAGAAGGCCCUCGGCGCUGGAUCUCAGCGUCCGGGCAGAACGAUGGGGGUGGAAACGCUCCUUCAGGUAUACUGGACCGAGGGCGUUUAGGGCUUUCAAGGUCAGCACCAACACUUUGAAUUGUGCUCAGAAACGUACUGGGAGCUCAUGUAGGCCUUGAAGAAAAAUCAGUGAAAAAUCAGGAGACAUCAGCUGAAGCCCAGGAGCACAGCAGAACUACCUCAAGAUCCCUUACUCCACACUCCAAGGCAAAGAGCCCGCGGGUAGGAUUUCCUAAAGCCCCACUGCUAUCAGAGCUGGUUCCUGGGCAAAGUGACAAGCCCCUGGCCUCACAGGGUGGCUGGGAGCAGGGCUGUUGGGUCCUGCUGCUGCUGCUGCUGUUCUCCACAAUGCUGCAGAUGGUCUUCAUGUUGGGAAGUUGAAUGGCAGCUCCAUCAGCUGCUAGAGCUCCAGGUAAGGAAACGCUUUGUGGGCACCAAAGUCACAAGUCAGCAAUGAGCUCCGUCUGGGCGCCUGGUACCCAGAGCAGCUUUGGCUGCUGUGUAUGUUCACAAUUUGAUUUGGGUCAUGGUACCCAGGUUAUAGAGUUUAGCAUACAUUAACGAAAAGGAAGGCCAUCACCUGAUUAAAGAAACGUGUUGAUCUAUCAACUAAGUUAUAAUUAAUUGGUCAGUCAGUCACUUAAUUUUGCUUAAGGUUGUGCUUGUUACUAAAAUUAACAUUCUGAAAAAGGGGGAAGAGGCUGCAGGGGCUCCUUGGCCCUUUGUGGUAUGCAGGGCCGGGGGGGGGGGCACUUCAAGGCCACAGGCUGAUUGUGGCCCUCCAGGUCUCUUUACCUGGCCCUCCAAACUCUUCCCAGGCAACACUCCACUUCCCAGCCACUAGCUCUGCUUCAAACCUGGAAUGUUUUUGCCUGGCAUGAAUGUGUCCUUGAUAUCCGAUAACCUCCCUUGCUUGUCUGGAGAGUGUGUGUGUGUGUGUGUGCAGAAGCCUGUCUAAUGUGCAAAGGAAAACUUUAGUCUUGUUACUCCACCCACUUUUGCCUCUGGCUGAGCAAGGUUGCCCACCCAUCAGAGCACCUGUAGCAGCCCCUGGGUGGGACUGGGCAGCUCCACUCCCAACUAUAGGUGUGGGGAAAGCAUGGACCAACAGCAGCAAAAUGCUGUCUCCACCUGAACAACAAGGGAGUCAGGCAGAAGGGAUCUGGCCUAGCCUUCUACCUGGGAUGGUGAUGGAGAAGCCUGGGACCUUCCAGCUGCUGCUGGAGCAAACCUCUCUUCAGUCCUCCAUUUGUUCUCUUUUUCUAGAAUGAGGAUGAACUGGAUAUCCAAGCAGGUGAUGUCAUCUCCAUCAUUGAAGUAGGCGAUGAUGGCUGGUGGACUGCAGAACAGAACGGAAAGCAAGGAUUUGUGCCUGGGUCUUAUCUGGAAAAACUUUGAUGAGAGGAGCAACCUGGAGUGUUUGGAUUUUCCCUUCUCCAACCCCCCCUCCAGAUACGCCUUUUAAUAAUCUUUGUGAAUGUCAUUAAAUGAAGAGCUAUGGGUCUACACUUAAAUUUAACAGAGAUUGCUGCCUAGUGUCCCAUGCUGCUAAAAACAAAACAGCACAACUACAAGAUACACCCCUAUUUUAGCAGGCUUUGGUAACUUGCAGUCUUCCUGCUGUUGCUGAACUGCAACUCGUUGUCAUCCCUGACCACUGGUUGGGUGUGAUGGGAGUUGGGAGCGGCACAGGUUAGCAACCCCAGGUUUAUGAUUUCUAAGAUGAUGGCCUCAUAAGGGAUCCACAGAGGACCUCUCUAAAAGACCCUUUUGUUGCAACGCAGCCCAACUGGGCAGCAACGCAGCCAUUUGAAGUGCCACUCUGGAGGGAUGUCUUGGUGCUGGUGUCGUUCCUCUUCUUUCCAGCAGACGGAACCCAAAGCACAUAGAUCAAACCAGCCCUUUCCUGGCUCUGCAGUUGCCCCCUGGAAAUGAAGGUGGGGAGCUGUCAUUGGAGCUGCACUCAGCAAUCAUUCAAAUUCUCAGCUGCCUGGGAUCAAAAGCUCCUUUGGAGGGAGAGGAAAUGCACUUGCAGUUGUUCCACUGGGGUGCCAACACGGGUUUCUGCCGCAGCUUGAGUUUAGGGUACCAGCAGCUGAGAAUUUGAAUACAGUGGUACCUCGGUUUUUGAAUGUAAUCCAUUCUGGAAGACCGUUCAAGUUCUGAAACGUUUGAAAACCGAAAACUCAACAGCUGACAGCUAAGCCUCAGGAUCUUGCACUCAGCGGAAGCCGUGUGGCAUGUUGAAUUUCCGAAGCAUCUACUUCCGGGUUUAUGGCAUUCGAAAACCAAAAUGUUAGUCAACGGAGAUGUUCGAAAGCCGAGGUACCACUUUACAAGUGGCAAGCAGCAAGUGGAAGGCCUGAGAAAUACUCCCAUGACCUGUUCCAGGGACCCCUCUUGCAAUGACACGCCAGACCGUUUCUUUCAUUAGAUAGAAAGAAACCCAUCCUGUAAAUUCUUUCAACUUGCAGAUUCCUGCAGGUGUCCUAAGGCUACUGACGUACUCAUCUCCCAAUGGAAGCCAACUAUGUAUGCGCACCCUGAAGUCUCAUGCCCUCCACAAAUUUGCUCACGGGUUGGAUAGACUGAGCAAGGGCCUUUUUGAGCCCCUUCUGAGCCAUCCACACCAAACUAUGCCAGCAUUUAUUUGCCGCCCAGUUGCACCGCAUGCAGGAGCUACACGAGGAGAGAGCGCAGAAACAAGUCACCUGGGAACUCAGUCCAGCUUUGCUCUGGAGGCACAGUUUGCUUGCUUUGGGAGGGAGGCGGGAGAGCAUCUCCUGUGCUUUGGGGUUGACUCUAAAGGUAUAGAAAGGAAGCAGGUGCCUUUAAGAAAUGAAAAAGGAAGGAGACAAGAAUGGUCUUGUAACCUGACAGGGUUGUGUGAGACGGCAAGUGAUGUGAAUACUGAGGGUAAUUUAAUAUAUGUUUUAAACAAAAAAGUCAAUGAAUUUUCCGUGUUUCACUGAUGAAAGUUAUGUUACAAGUAAAACAUUAACGAUGUUAUAUUUUUAAAAAUGUAGUCUAAAGUAUUUAAUUGCAGACAUAUCAUUUAACAGCAUAUCCAAAAGUUUUAAAAUAAAAAAUAGAUUGC